GGUCCAAAUCAAGAUUUUAUCCACUUUGAGCCUAAAUCCUGUCUUCUCAGUUUCUGACCAUUGAAAUUCCCGUCACUGAUUAGUCCGGUUUUCCAUAAAUGUUACAGGCGGCGGUGGUGGUGGCAGCUCAGUCCCCACCGUGUUUUGCUGCCGUGCGAGCGGCGGCGAGCAAGAGGCCACCCUCGCAGACUCCGAAGAGAACCCAACGCCAGAAGCCGACCACAAUCGCCACGCAGGGGUUCGGGGGCAAGAAGAAAGAUCCUGUGUGGCAGUGCGUACAGAACUGUGGAGCUUGCUGCAAGCUCGACAAGGGCCCCACUUUUCCUUCCCCUGAUGAAAUCUUCGACGACCCUUCUGACAUCCAGUUGUAUAAAAGCUUGGUUGGUGAAGACGGGUGGUGCAUCCACUAUGAUAAGAGCUCAAGAAAGUGUUCCAUUUAUGCUGAGCGUCCGUAUUUUUGCCGAGUUGAGCCAGAGGUUUUCGAUACAUUAUACGGGAUAGACAAGAAAAAGUUCAACAAGGAGGCUUGCAGUUGCUGUGUGGACACAAUUAAAGCUGUUUAUGGAACACAGUCAGAAGAGCUGGAGAAGUUCAACCAUGCUGUAUGGAGUAGCAGUUCAAGAUGAUGAAUCUUGCAGGUCUGUCUCUAGAUUUAUCCUUUGACAUACGGAUGGUUCUUGUAAAGAAACAAAAUGCAAGAAUAGUUUCAAUGGCAACAUUCCUCCAAAAUUUCAGCAUUUGCAGAGUUGUUUGAAGUUCGUA